AUGGACGUGCAGAAUGCGGCCCUGCAGCACCUGUUCAUCAGGAAGUCGUUCCGGCCCUUUAAGUGUACCCACUGUGGUAAAGCCUUCAGAGACCAGGACAAGCUGGAGAUCCACCUAGUCACGGCCGUGGCCUACCUGUCCUGUCAUCACUGCAAUAAAGGUUUCCUGUCCCACGGUGCGUUGGAGGACCAUCUCCUGCUUCACUCAGAACACCGGACCUACUCCUGUCUGUUCUGCACCGACACCUUCGAUCGUCUGGACCUGCUCAAAGAACACGUGGGUGGACAUGCUGUAAACGGACGCUUCACCUGCCCUUCCUGCAAGAAGGUCUUCACGGACUUCAUACAGGUGAAGAAGCAUGUUCAUAGCUUCCACUCUGAGAAGAUCUUUCAGUGCUCAGACUGUGACAAGGCGUUCUGCAGACCUGACAGACUACGGCUCCACAUGCUGCGGCACAGCGACCGCAAGGACUUCCUCUGCUCCACCUGUGGAAAGCAGUUUAAGCGUAAGGAUAAACUGAGAGAGCACAUGCAGCGGAUGCACAACCCAGAGCGCGAGGCUAAGAAGGCAGACCGUAUCCAUCGAUCCAAGGCCCUGAAGCAGAAGGUUCCCACCACAGACUUGGAGAGCUUCAUGUUUAAAUGUCGCAUGUGUAUGAUGGGUUUUAGACGCCGAGGUAUGCUGGUGAACCAUCUAUCUAAGCGGCACCCUGAGAUGCGUAUAGAGGAAGUUCCUGAGCUCACUCUUCCCAUCAUCAAACCCAACAGAGACUACUUCUGUCAGUACUGUGACAAGGUGUAUAAGUCGGCCAGUAAGCGCAAGGCCCACAUCCUGAAGAACCACCCGGGGGCGGAACUACCCCCCAGCAUCAGGAAGCUCCGCCCUGCCGUCCCCGGGGAACCCGACCCCAUGCUGAGCACACACACCCAACUGACGGGAACGAUCGCCACCGCCCCCGUCUGCUGCCCGCACUGUGCCAAGCAGUACAGUAGCAAGGUACCAUCUGUUAGAACAUAA